AAUUCCCUAUGUGUGUGCGAGUGUAUAUUUUGUGCGAUUCGUUUUUCAAGAUUUCCCUGAGUUGGAAACCCUUGCUCGUGGUUCCACAGAAAUUAAGUGAACAUUCAAGGAAACAAAUUUGCUAAACAUCAAGGCAAAUUAAGUACCAAUUAACUGGGAAAUAGUCUAAAUAAUACUCGAGUGUUGGUGUUCUCCAUCGGCGGACGACAAACGUGUGUGCUCAGAACCAGAAUCGCGUUUGCUAACUUACCCAGCAGUGUAACCGGUGUUUCUCUGAAGAAAACUUAUUCCAAAUAGGUGAAUUAGUUAAGGAUGCCUUCCAGCGAUCCACUGCCACCCAAAGAGAGUGCUCUCUUUAGGAAGUUAAUGAAAUGUUACGAAAUGAAACAAUACAAAAAUGGUUUGAAGUUGGCCAAACAGAUUCUAUCGAAUCCCAAAUACACCGAACAUGGCGAAACGUUGGCCAUGAAGGGAUUAACCCUCAACGGUCUGGGGCGUCGAGAAGAGGCUUACAAAUAUGUGCGCCUGGGUUUGCGUAAUGACCUGCGAUCUCACGUUUGUUGGCACGUCUAUGGGCUGUUGCAACGAAGCGAUAAAAAGUACGACGAAGCCAUCAAAUGCUAUCGUAAUGCCUUGAAGUGGGAAAAGGAUAAUUUACAAAUCCUCAAAGAUUUGUCAUUGUUGCAGAUUCAAAUGCGCGAUUUGGAAGGCUAUAAAGAGACUAGACAUCACCUUUUCAAGUUGCGACCCUCUCAGCAUGCCUCCUGGAUUGGAUUUGCAAUGAGUUAUCACCUGCUGGGCGAUUUAGAAAUGGCCAAUAGUAUACUGGAUGCUUUCAAUCAAUCGCAAACGCUAAUUGAACCAAAUGAUUAUCGACAUUCAGAGCUGCUUUUAUAUCAAAAUCAAAUACUUGUCGAAGCGUGCAAAUACCAGGAGGCUUUGGAUCACUUGAACAAAUACGAAAACCAAAUGGUGGACAAAUUGGCCGUUCAAGAAACCAUGGGUGAUUUGUACAUCAAAAUAGGCCAACACUCAAAAGCUGUGGCCAUCUUCGAGGAACUAAUCGAUCGCAACCCUGAGAAUACCCUAUACUAUAGCCAAUACUUUUUGGCUAGACAGAUAACGGAUGCUGACAAAAAACUAAGUGCGUUUAAAGACUUCCAACAAACCUACCCCCGAGCCAUGUGUCCCAAACGUUUGCCUUUGGAUGUUGCCACUGGUGAUGCUUUCAGAUCAGUCUUGGAUGACUACUUGAGGCGUGGCCUUCGCAAAGGCGUUCCUCCGCUGUUCGUUAAUGUUCGCUCACUGCAUUCGCAACCCGAGAAGGCAGCCAUUAUGGAAGAGCUCAUCUUGCAGUAUUAUGAAAAUCUAACACGGUCGGGUCAUUUCUCACGCGAAGAUGCGGACAAUAAUUUGCCCGUUGAACCAGCGUCCGCGGUGGUGUGGACAUUACUGUUUUUGGCACAACAUUAUGACAACAAACGUGAAACGGAAAAGGCUUUGGAGUACAUCAAUGCUGCCAUUGAGCAUACACCCACGCUGAUAGAGUUGUUCAUAGCUAAAGGGCGCAUUUAUAAACACGCUGGAGAUCCUGUCGAGGCCUAUAUGUGGUUGGACGAAGCUCAAAGCAUGGACACCGCCGACAGAUAUAUCAAUUCCAAGUGUGCAAAAUAUAUGAUGCGAGCAAAUCUAAUCAAAGAGGCUGAGGACAUUUGCGGGAAAUUUACACGGGAAGGUGUAUCAGCUAUGGAAAAUCUCAACGAAAUGCAGUGCAUGUGGUUCCAAACAGAAUGUGCAUUGGCCUAUCAGCGCAUGGGACGUUGGGGAGAGGCUCUUAAGAAGUGUCAUGAAGUUGAUCGGCAUUAUUCGGAAAUUAUCGAAGAUCAAUUUGAUUUUCAUACGUACUGUAUGCGAAAGAUGACAAUGCGUGCCUAUGUGGGACUUUUGCGAUUGGAGGAUGUCCUGAGGCGUCAUCCAUUCUACUUUAAGGCAGCCAAAUGUGCCAUUGAGGUUUACAUACGACUGUAUGACAAACCUCUGAAAUCGGAGGAGACAAUUGAAGAAAUCGAUACUGAGAACCUACCACCAUCAGAAUUGAAGAAACUUCGCAGCAAGCAACGCAAAGCCAAGAAGAAAGCCGAACUCGAGAGUGCACAAGCUGCUCAAGCACAAAUCAAACGUGAACAGCAUCAAAAGUCUAAACAGCAAGCCAAUCAGGAAGCCGAUCCUGAGGCACCACAACUCGAUGAGCUAAUACCGGAGAAGCUGGAACGUCCUGACGACCCAUUAGAGAAAGCCAUCGAUUUGUUGAAACCACUCCAGCAAUUAGCCAAAGAACGCAUCGACACACAUUUGCUGGCCUUCGAAUUAUACUCGCGCAAGAGUAAAAUCCUACUUAUGAUUCAAUCGAUUAAACGUGCACUGGCGAUCGAUGCUGAGCAUCCGCAAGUGCACAGUUGCAUAGUGCGACUGAUGCAAGCACUGCCAACAUUGACAAAAGAUUUGAAUGUUUACGUCAAGACGGUGGUGGACAAAGCCGUUAAAGAACUGAUAGGUACUAAGAGUGCUCAGCAAUUGAACGAUGAGUUCAUUGCGCAGCACAAUUCUUCCAUAAUGCAUUUAUACGAAGCAGCACGUAUCAUGUAUAACCUGGAUGCUAAGAAACAAGAUGCGGCCAUCAAGUUAAUUACCUCUUACGAUGUAACCAAACUUAAAUUGGAGGACGCAACAAAGAUAUUCGAAUCGCUGCGCGAUGGAGUCUUUGGCAGUUGUGAAGAUGCCGUUAAAACCUACAAAGAAACCUGUCAUAAACGUUUUAAAUAUGCUCGCCUAUUUCGUGAUAAUGUAGAAUCAGAAACAGAAAAAACCACCGAAGAGGGUUCUUCAGAUGCCGGAAAUCAUGUGGAGAAGACGACUGCAGAUUUGUAAUGUAAUCAUAACAAUUGCCUGGUUUAUCCGCAACAACUACUACUAGCACUAUAACAACAAGAACAACAACAACAGCAACAUCAAAACUUUAUAAAUUUUUAAUGUUAAACAUAAAUCAAUAAAACCCCCCACAUCCAACAACUUGACUGGACAAACAAUUUUAACACCAAAACAAGCAAAGAAAGUAAAGAAAAUCGCAAAUUAAGAAACAGAAAUCACUCUACAGACACACACACACACACACACACACAUCAUUAAACCAAUAAACCAACCUAUACACAAACAAAAGAUAAAUACUGAAAUAGUAGUGUUGAAAUGCUUCGGUAUGGAUUGGUCAGUUGUUAAGUUUAUUUUGUCCUCAUUAACAUGUCCUUUCAAUGGUAGAAAUGAACUUGCAUCAUCAUUUGCUGUUUUAUUGCCACAAGGGCAACAUCGUUGACCUACAGACUGUACUGAACGUGCUUCUCCAUUACAAACAACUAGAGAACCCCCAAAAAGCGAAGGAAAAAAAAGAAAGAAAUAAAAACUUUAAAGUCUAAUAUUAAA